GUUGUGUUAAAAUAAAUAUGGACAGAUAAAGCAAUAAAAUUAAGACUGAAAAGUGAUUGUGUGAUAAUGGAAUCAAAUUUAGACUUAUCAGAAACUCAGACGCAGAAGAAAAUCCCUAAGCCGUUUUCUAUAGAAUCGCUGAUCGGGGAUAGAAAAUCACCGGAGAUUGACAUUGAGAACAACGUAUCAGAAAGUUCUAAGACUUCAGAAGAUGAAGAAAAUGAGAGAUUGGAUGGAUUGAACCAGAUGAGAUAUUACGCUCCGUUCCUUCAGCAAAAUGGUUUCCCAUUUUUGUUGGGCUAUCCUGAACCUUGGUUGAGGGUGUUGGGGACUGUUCCAACUCCAGCAAGAGAUCGGGAAGAAAAGAGAGAAAGCCCUGUCAGUGUUGGGAGCGAGGCGGAGAGCGAUGGCGGAGAGGAUACUAACCCAGGUAAUGAAUCCGAGGCAGACCCAGAAGACUCAGCGGACAACCCUCGCGAGAGCAAGGCGCGCCGGCGCCGCACCGCCUUCACCUCGGAGCAGCUGCUGGAGCUGGAGCGGGAGUUCCACGCCAAGAAGUACCUCAGCCUCACCGAGAGGUCGCAGAUAGCGUCCGCGCUGAAGCUUAGUGAAGUACAGGUAAAAAUAUGGUUCCAAAAUCGUCGAGCGAAAUGGAAACGGGUGAAAGCCGGCCUCGCGUCCGGCAGCCACUCCAGCAAGAAUACGUCAGGGACCAAGAUAGUGGUCCCGAUACCUGUUCACGUGAACCGGUUCGCAAUCAGGACCCAGCAUCACCAGAUGGAGAAACAGAACCUACAAUACAGGCUGGAUAGGCAACAGCCUUUGCCUGGCAGCCUACUCCAAUCGCAGACGUCGGCCUUCCUCAGCGCGACGAAAAUCGAUUCGAAUCGUCUCGAUCGCGAAUCGAUACUGAAUCGCAACCCCUAUGACGUCCCUGGGCGAAUGUCAAUGAGCAAUAAUUUGAGACAGUUCCAAAACGGACGGCCGAGUUAAUUUUUAGUGAUGUAUUUAUUUUUGUCGAUUUGGUUUUUCGAGCUGAUUCGUUUUGACGUUAUUUUGAAUUGAUUCCAAAGAAACAGUGCUGGCUCUAUUUUCCAAGUUAAAAC